AUGAAGGCCCAGGAAGCUGUCGCAGAAAACGUCAUCCAGCUCGAGAAGGAAAAUUACCAGCUGAUGAUGGAGAAAGAAAUCUUAGCGAACGAGACCGACGUGCUGACCCGAGACAGAGAUGAUCUCAACAGGACGCUCGGAGUCAUCAUGACGUUCAAAAAUGUCCCAGUCAAUAAAUUCUGCCCGGACAAAACGUGUCAGCCAUGCCGGGAGAGUUGGAUCCCGUUCCAGGAUCACUGCUACCUGUUUUAUGACCAACCCCCUCGUUGGAAGACAUGGACAAAGGCACGAACAAUUUGUCGAAACAAUGUUGCAGACCUGCUUGUUGUCGACAGUUUACAAGAGCAGGAAUUCAUCAAUAAGCACACCAAGUACUACUUCGACAAGAAUCAUGCAUAUUGGAUGGGAUUGCGUCAAAAUGGGGACAAGAAGUGGAUCUGGCUUGAUGGACGCAAUGAGACUUUGGGGUACUGGAUUCAGGAGAGAGUCAAAAACACUGGUAGCUGUGCGAUGACAUUCCCUGGGCAUAAUGCGACAGCCAGCCGGGGCCCAUCAGGGUGUAUAAUGGAGAACAAACUCAUCUGUGAGCAUGAAGCCCUCAUCAGGACUCCAGUCAAAACAGGGACGAAACUUCUGCACACUCUGCUGCUCCUGGUGACAGCAGCGUUUGGGAUCAUCUGCAUCGUCCUGGUGUCGGUCGCCAUCGUCCUCAGAACGACAUCCCUCUCGUCAGAGCGACACAUGCAAAAUGCAGCAGCUCAGAAUCUGCAGCUGCGGCAGGAGAAGAACGACUUGGAGAGACGGAGCAAGGAGCUGAGCAGAGAGAGAGACGGACUCAACUGGACCAUGGAGGUCAUCCUCCAGUACCAAACCUUCCCAGUGGCAACCCACUGCCCGGAGAAAGGUACUGGAUAG